AAAGCUGCGCAGAACUCUGAAGUGACGAGACCUGUACUUAUAUAGACCUUGUGUAGAAUAACUGAUGUAGACGUCAAGGAGGAAAGAGUGAAAAAAAAUAGUUGAUAUUUUGAAGCUUUGUAAGCAUGAGAUUGAAAGGAUUGUAAGUAAAGAAAGGAGUGAAUGCCGAAUCUAGAGAUAAUUGGAUAUUAUGUGAAAAAGCAGAAGACAAUAGAACUUGAUAAUAUGUUAAUUAUCCAGAAUACGCUUCCUACAAUCACUGUCAAAGGUGAACAAUCUUCUACAAUUAUUUUUGCAAUAUGAAGUUGGGAUUGAUAUAUUAUUUGAUUAAAAGUCAUGAACAAAGUAUUUUGAGGAGAUUGUUGGCAUUUACUAGUGUUAAGUGCAAUGAAGGUAAUAUGUGUGCUUGAAUUACAAGUCUGGCAUUUAUGAAUUAAAUUCUCAUUUAUCUAGUUUCUAAUGAUUAUGUACUUUAUGAAGGUUCAUAUAUUGGGUAUUUGGUAAUUUUCUAUAUUACCUUCGCCGCUUCGAUAUCAACGAUUUUGAUAUUGUUGGAUUCCUCUCACUCUAUACAAUGCAAAUAUGAAGGUUUUAUUGCACGAAAACCCCCCAUUAGUGGCAAACUUAGCAGGGGCGAUAAUGUUGGAAUGGCAGACGUAAUAGAGAAAAUUACCCUAAUGACAUAACCCAUAGUUGAAAUAACCAUGGUUAUUCACCCCUGCCAAGGAAACAAAAUAUCCCCCACAUAUUCACGGCAGGAUAGAGCGCACACAAACUAGAUGCGGAGCCGAUAACCUACUUUAACCUAGGAUUUUUAAGGUACUAACCUGAUUGAUAGAUGCCGCUGAUAGUAGGGAGUGUGCUCCUGAACCUUUUCUUCACGUCCAGGCGUGCUGGCUGCCCGUACCUGCCGCAGGCUCUCUCCUGACGGAAGAGGCCGUGGUGGAAGCACAUUUCCAGCAUUUGUUCCUGGCUGGUUGCUACCUCGUGCAGGAAAUCGGUCUCGGAGACUACGUGGGAGAAGUCGAAGUUCCCUUACUCUGCCCUCGCCUCUCCUGUCCAGUGAAGCCAGGGUUCCCUUGAGCGAGGAGCCUCCCAUAUUGAGACCCAAGGGAAGGCACAUGCUGUCACUCAGCUUCUAGAAAUUUUGCAGUACAGAUAGUGUAUAAAUCCAUAAGGCCAACAAUGAGUAUUCUCCCCGACCAGAUUCCUUUGGCCCCACUCAUGGACAAGGAAAUAUUUGGCACAGGAGUCCGUAUCAAAGAAGAACUCAGUGAAGGUGUCACCGAAGAAAUAAAGAUGGAAAUUAAGGAAGAAGUGUAUGAUCAUGCAGAUGAAGUGAGUGAAGUGAAAGUGAAAAAUGAAUUUCUUUCCUUCAGGGAUCUUCAAGACCUUGAAAAUGAAGCAAAUGUAAAAGUCUCAUGUGAUAUUAUUGAGGAUUGCAAUACAUUUUUGAGAGUACCAAUUGUGACCGAGGUGAAGGAGAAAAAAUAUUUAUCAGAAGAGGAUCAGAGGAUCAGAGGACACACAAAAGAGAAGCCAUACAGCUGUGAAAUUUGCAGCAAAGCAUUCACUUUGAAAUGUCAUCUAGUAGUACACUUGAGAGUACAUACAAAGGAGAAACCAUAUAUCUGUGACAUUUGCUAUAAAGACUUCUCAUAUAAAUCUGAAUUUGUGAGACACAUAAGAGUACAUACAAAGGAGAAACCAUUUAUCUGUGACAUUUGCUAUAAAGACUUCUCAUAUAAAUCUGACUUAGUGAGACACAUAAGAGUACAUACAAAGGAGAAACCAUAUAUCUGUGAGAUUUGCAAAAAAGCCUUUUCUGAGAAAGGUUCUCUGGUAAAGCACAUGAGAAUACAUACAAAGGAGAAACCAUAUAUCUGUGAGAUUUGCAAUAAAGCAUUCCCUGAGAAAGGUUCUCUGGUAAAGCACAUGAGAGUACAUACAAAGGAGAAACCAUAUAUCUGUGACAUUUGCAAUAAAGGUUUCUCUCAGAAAUGUUAUCUAGAAGUGCACACGAGAGUACAUACAAAGGAGAAACCAUAUAGCUGUGAGAUUUGCAAUAAAGACUUCUCAAAUAGAUUUAGCUUAGUGAGACACAUGGUAAUACAUACAAAGGAGAAACCAUAUGGUUGUGAGAUUUGCAAUAAAGGUUUCUCUCGGAAAUGUUAUCUAGAAGUGCACACGAGAGUACAUACAAAGGAGAAACCAUAUAUAUGUGACAUUUGCAAAAAAGCUUUCUCUGAGAAAGGUUCUCUGAUAAGGCAUUUGAGGGUACAUACAAAGGAGAAACCAUAUAGCUGUGAGAUUUGCAAAAAAGCUUUCUCAGAGAAAAGUCAUCUUGUAAGGCACAUGAGAGUGCAUACAAAGGAGAAACCAUAAAUCUGUGACAUUUGCAAAAAAGCCUUCUCUCAAAAAGGUCAUCUUGUAAAGCAUAUGAGAGUACAUACAAAGGAAAAACUAUAUAGCUGUGAGAUUUGCAAUAAAAGGCUUCUCAGAUAAAAUUUAUUUACUAAAGCACAUAUGAAUACAUACAAAAGAGAAGCUAGAUAUCUCUGACAUUUGCAAAAAAUCCUUCUCUCAGAAAUAUAAUCCAGUAGUGCACUUGAGAGUACAUGCAAAGGAGAAACCAUGUAGCUAUAAGAUUUGCAAUAAACACUUCUCAGGUAAGUCUGUCUUAGUGGAUCAGAGUGCAGAACAUGCAGAGGAUAAGCCAUUUAUGUUUGGUUUCCAAAAAAACCUUAUCUCUAAAUUAUAUUCUAGCACUACACAAGAGAGUACAUGCAAAGGAGCAAUGUGCUUGAGGAUUCUCCAAGAAAUAUGACUUGGUGAUUAUGUGCAGGUAUGCAAAGUCAGAGUCAAGGAGGCAUUAUCUGGGAAAGAAAGAAUACUCUGGUGUACAUAAAUGUCACAGGCCUAACAUGUAUGAGUUCUGUAGAUAUACCUUCUCCCAUAGAAGUUUCAAGGGCAGAUGAGAAUUAUGAAUGAAAAAAAAUGAUCCACGAGGUAGACUACCUCCUGACAUUUUUGUGGCAGAUGCAUCAUAGUGUUUGAAGGUUCUCUUUUUUGACUUAUGUUUCAUAUGAUUUUGUUUGUGUAAUUUUGUGUUUUGUAUUUUCAUUUUUAUAGACAUUGUCACUACGGGGCAGUCAAAAGACAACCACUAAUGUUCACAGUGUUUCAAAAAACUGCUCUCCAAUACAGCCACUUAUAUGGAGGUCAUUGGCCAAUUUAUUGAUGUGUUUUGUAACAUCUUUCAUAAUUUUGUUAUUACAGUUACAGGCAGACACUUCAUAUUCUUCAUGUGAAAUCCUAUAUAAGAUCUGUAUUAAAAGGUAAAUGAAAGUUCACUCAAGGAAAUAAUUUUGUUAUCUAUGUUAUGUAUUAACAUACACUAAAUGAUAUAUGCUAUUAACACUAUAAGUUCCUAUGUAUAAAUUGACUAACAAUUAUUAUGUUUGUGAUACCCGUGCAACGAUGUGCAAUCCCAACAAUCUAUAAGUCCAUUUACAUAAACAAAAAUACAUUUGCAUCUAUGUGUAUAUAUAUAUAACUGUAUACAUAUUUCUAUCAUAUCUAUGCAUCAUUUCAUACUUUUCUUAUACAAUAAGUAAUUACUUGGGAUGAUUUUGUUCUCAAUUUUUUCAAAAAGGCCUGAAUUAAAAUUAAUCUCUUUACUGCUAGAGUUGUAUGUAAAGUGUUUCAUUAUAUCUGUGAUAUACAUGUGUCUGAUGCAGAUGUGAUGAAAGUGUAUUAAAUGCAUCUGUCAAUGUGAAGUACUAGUAUUUCAUAUCUUUAUUUAGAUUUUGUUGACAACCAUCAUCAGUAUGUGUGAAGCAAGCAAGAAAGCAAUUGACUUUAUGUGAGGGGAACAUUCAUCUUUGUGCCUUGAGUUAUUUUGAGAGGAAAAGCAGCGUCCAGCAGUCGGGUCCUAAUAUAUCCUUUUAAGGACAGGCACACCUUUAGCCGUUAUGAUGUAAGGACGUAUGACGUGUAUAUGCAUCAUGAAUCACGAUUGGGUGGGCCAGCUAUACACAGAACACUAUUGCAUAAGGAUUACAUUAUAGAGAAUUCUGGCCCUGUCUUGGUAGGGAUAUAUAUGUAUAUA